GCUGGAUAGGGGAAUGGGAAAAGCUUGCKUGUUGUUAUGCCGAAUUGAAUACGAUUCAAGGCCAUUGGAAGAUGAUUGUCAUGCAAGGGAAAAAAAGAUUUGGACAGAAUUGAUGAUACACUCCAUGCCCUUGGCAAACUAAGACGUGACAUUAUGGCGCACAUCGUGUGAUGUGGACUGCAAACUUUUUUUUUGGUGAGAAUAGGAUUACACAAGAUUGAAGAUAAAUAUYAAUGAGCAAGACGCCACAGGACAUGGUUAGAUCAAGUAAAUGAAUUUGUAACGCUAACGACCUAACUACUAACGACUGGACAUUAUAAUAUCACUUUUAUGCCUUCAGUGCGUACUAGUACGGAUUCAGGUUUUACCGCUCUGAAGAACCUUGGAAGAAAAAGCAAGUUAAAAUGAGAUUCUAAGAAGCACGAGUGACUAGAGAUGCAAGGAAAAAAUCGGUGAAGUGCGCUGCUAAUGCGUCGCCUCUUACCAAUGCGACCCGUGUUUGAUUGGACCGGAUUUGAUUGCCGCGCUUGCAUUGUGUCGUACUCAUAUGUGAGUAAGUUGCUUGUUGGUUCUCUGGUUUUCCUCCCUACACGAAAAUUGGCUGUCCAAAUUACAAUUUCAUCCGAAAUAAGAAGGCCAGAUUGGAAACAACUUCCAUGCUUUAUCUGUUAUACCCUCGUAAAACGACGACAAYUGAGGCGUAAUGGGACGAAAACGAAGAAGAAAAAAAGAAAAGAAAGACUGAAACGAAUAAUGAGGAUGAGAAGGCGGCGACGCAUGAGGAAGAGGAGAUGGAGAAAUAGGGAAGGAGUAAAAAAUAGAGAAGGACAACGAUAAGAAAGAGAUAAAAACUGGAAGCCUAAUCGCAUGUAAUAUCCCCUCGGCGUUUGAAUAUAUGCAAAUGGAUCUUUUACAAGUUUUUCUGUUUAAAUAUUCACCCAAGCUGUAUCGUAAACGUCGAGAAACUACUGUUUAUCUCGGGAUGUUUAAAGCCAAAAUACUCGUUCUUGGACCUUGUGAGAGCGGAAAGACUGUUUUAGCUAACUUUCUUUCUGAUGCAACUGAGACAUCAGGAGGUGAAUAUCACCCGACUCAAGGAGUCAGGAUUCUUGAAUUCGAAUGUAAUGGGAUAGAAAUAACUCCCGGAAGAACUGCAAACUGUGAAGUGGAGUUAUGGGAUUGCAGUGGAGACCACAGAUUUUCUACCUGUUGGCCAGCCAUACAGAAAGAUGCUAACGGUGUUGUCAUAGUCUAUAAUCCUGACCAACCAAACCAUGACAAGGAGUUAGAAACAUGGUACACACAAUUUAUUCAAGUCCAAGGUCUCAGAGAUGCCCAGUGCAUAGUGUUUGCACACCAUAAACCUAUGGCGCAGGACCGUAUAAGAGCUCAAAUCCCUCAAACCCUUGCCAAUACAGCAUGCGUCCACACAAACCUCGACGAAGACCCUGAUGCAGUGCGGGAAGAAUUUAAGAAUUUCCUGGCCCAUGUUAUCAGCAACUGGACAGACAAGAGAGAUCAGGAAGAACUAAGUAUUAUGAAUAACUAGGUCACUCACCUUGGUAUGCUUUUAUCAUGUCCUUUAGCCCCUAGUAGCCUCACAAUGAAGCACUAUAGGAUGAGGUUAUGUGGGCAUKAACAAUAGUUUUAUCCAGAAUUAGAAUGAUUGACCAUGACUGGUGGAUCAAGCRAAGGGUCCAAGGGGCAUGCAAUAUAAUUACUGUACGUCAUGCUCAGAUUUAUACUAUCAUGUUGCUCUAUACACCAAAUUGAAUUAUGACGACUAAUUUGAAUAACUAUUGUUCUGGAUUGACUAGCCUCAUGUUCACRUGGAAACACAAAAGCAUUUUCACAUGUAUGAGAUGCUACUCAAUCCCACAUAUGAGCAACAUUAGAUACCAUAAAGGAAUUAUAUACUGGAAAAAAGGUUGUGUGCGAAAAAAAUGUUCUAGUGAAUUUGUUAAUAGAUUUUUUUACUCUUUCAUAUUGCAAAGGAUAUUAUGUUGACUUUAAAUUUUUUUAAAUAAUUAUUGAAUUUUUUCRAUUUUAUUUUCAUCUAGUCUCCUACGCAGACRCUAUUASUGUYGUCACRCCAUACUCACUCCCCUWAGUAGCUAAGGGGAGUAAGCGUUGCRUGACGAAACUAAUAGCAGCUGCGUAGGAGACUAAUUUUCAUCUAUCACUUUUAUCUUAAUUGGGAUCCCUGUGCUCAAUCRAUAACAAUAGUUAUYCWAAUUAAUCACUAUAUUUUGAUUUGGUGUAUACCCCUUCCAAAUUUUUAGGAAUUCUGGUCUGCUGUUUCUUUGGUGUGGCAAAGAGCCACACUAUAAGGCACUUAUACUCUUUUUAAGCCCACUCACGUGGAAACCUCUGUGCUUUCCUCUUCCUCGCUUCUUGGCUGGGGUUGCCAGCACAAGCAAAAGGGGAGAAUUGCACCUAGUUUCCAGGCAUGGUUAUUACUACCUCUAGCYCCCUGCCAUACCCCUUCAAUUCCCCCUCAUCAAGGACAAGGGAGUCUUUUUCAUAUGUUUUUUGUCAUUCCAUUCAUGCCCCGUGUAUUUACUGUAAAUAUGAUAAGAAAAUAUCUUUAAAAAAAUGUUUAAGUAUUUAUUAAACUUUCAAUUUUAAG